GAGCCUGGAUUCCUCAACUUGGCAAAAGCCAUGGCCGAGCAUGGGGCUCACCUCACCACUGCUUCGGCCUUUGAAGACAGGCCAUCCAUCUUUGAGGUGGUGGCCCAAGACAGCUUGAUGUCUGCCGUGAGACCUGCGCUUCAACAUGUGGCUAAGGUGUUGGCAGAAUCCAACCCGGGCCGUUACGGCUUCCUCUGGCACUGGUUCGACGAACUCUACACCCUCCUGGACCUGUCGCUCCAGCAGCACUACCUGUCCAGCUGCAGUGCCUCCUUCUCUGAAAACUUCUACGGCUUAAAGAGAGUCCCGCUACGAGGCAGCAGGAGGCCGCACCGGCGGCUGGCCACCGCCGGGCUGCUGCCGAAGCAGCACUGGAAGUCCCUCUGCUUGCUGGUCCUUGUCCCUUACCUGAAAACCAAGCUGGAGAAGCUGGUCUCCCGGCUGCGGGAAGAGGACGACUACUCCAUCCACCCCCCAUCCUCGGCCUGGAAGCGCUUCUACAGGGCCUUCCUCGCUGCCUACCCGUUUGUCCACCUGGCGUGGGAGGGUUGGUUUCUGGCCCAGCAGCUGUGCUACAUCCUGGGGAAGGCUCAGCAACACUCACCCCUGCUGAGGCUUUCCGGGGUACACUUGGUCAGGCUGACAGUGGAAGAUCUGCAGGCCCUGGAGAAGAGACUUCUGGCUGCCGGCACAGCUCAGCUGCCAACCUACAGCGUGAAAGACAAGGUGAAGUUGGCCGUGAAGAAGGCUUUGGGGGGCCUGGCCUUCUCCCUCUCCACCGGCCUCUCCGUUGGAGUCUUCUUCCUGCAGUUCCUGGAGUGGUGGUACUCGUCCGAAAACCAGGAGAACAUCAAGUCGCUGACCGCCUUGCCUGCCCCGCCGCCACCCCUCCACCUGGAGCGUGACGCAGCUUCACCCCUCUUGCCAAAGCUCAAAACCAUCUGCCCGCUCUGCCGCAAAAUCCGAGCCAACGACACGGCCCUCUCCACGUCCGGCUUUGUGUUCUGUUACCGCUGCGCUUACAGCUACGUGAAGAGCCAUCAACAGUGCCCCGUCACGGGCUAUGCCACGGAACUUCAACACCUGGUCAAAUUGUACACACCUGAAAACUGACCGGAGGGGAA